GAGGAGGCGAGGGCGGCGCCUGCGCGCUGUCCUAGGCGGGCCGGGCGCGCGGAGGCUACCCUGCUCAUGAGCGAGGAUUUGGGGGAGGCUGGAGCGGUGGACGGUCCGAAACCGUUUGUGUGGCCGUCCCUACUGCCCGAUGUCGCCUCCAAGAGCCAGCUGGCCUGGGGCCAGCGUAAGGGCCACCCCAAGAGGCUCAAGAAGCAAAUUACCAGUCAAAGGUACAACAUUAUGGCCCUGGAGAAGUUAUAUGAGGAAGGUGUAGAGGAUCCAACCCUGACAAGGAUUUUUGGAACGAGCAAAGUUUUCCGGGGACUUGAUCGGCCGAAAGUGUCAGUCAAGGGCCUACUCUUGCCAAAUAAAGUCAAAGAGCACUUUCAACAUGGGCAGGAUGCCAUAGCCAAAGGGGAAUGGGAAAAGGCUGUAAUCUCUUUCUCCAAAUCGAUCAACCUUAAUCCCCACCUGGUGGAAUCCUAUGUGUUUCGGGCUGAGGCCUUUCUCCAGCUAUGUGACUUCGCUUCAGCUGCCCAGAAUCUUCGAAAGGCUACCUUGUUAGCCCCACACCAACAGGAGUUUAUGGAUCGAUUGUGCUUUGUCCUGUAUCUGCAGGGCCAGUGUCUCUUUGAACAUCAUUCAUACAUGAAAGCCUUAGACCUGUUCACCCAGGCUUCGGAGCUGCAGCCUCAUAACUCCUCCUACCGCUUCCGCAGCAUUGCUUGCCUUUUGGCCAUGAAACAACAUCAGGAAUGCUUGCAGAUGAUCACAAAAGAGUUGAAGCAGAAUCCCAAUCCUGAUGCCUUCAUCUUCCGAGCUCGACUCUAUAACUACUUCCUAAAGCCGAAUCAGUGUUACCAGGAUCUGCAUCGAGCUCUCAGCAUGCAGCCUGAGCACCCCGAGGCCAACACAUUGCUGGAAAAAUUGUUGGUUCAGGCCAGGAAGGUCCAGGAAGAAGCAAUGAUUGCUGCCUUGAAGGGGAACUUGGAGGAUUCUUUGAUCCGAAUCAACUGUGCCAUUGAGAACAACCCGAUGGACCCUGCCUACUACUUAUUCAGGGGCACUCUAUUUCGGAGGCUCAAGGACUUUGAUGCAGCCAUUGAAGACUUUGUCAAGGCCCUGGAGUUAAGCCCAGAGAGUGAUGAGGAUACCGAGGUUGCUAGGCAGGCCCAGCGCCAGCUGCUGCUCACGUACAACGACUUUGCAGUCUUCUGCUAUACCAAGUGCGCCUAUGAAGAAGGCGUGUUGCUCCUCAACAAGGCCCUACGGGGCGAAAAAAAAGAGAAGGGGAUCUAUAUCAACAGAGGGGAUUGUUUCUUCAAGCUUGGAGAACUGACCUUUGCUGAAGCUGAUUACCUGGAGGCACUGGCACUGUGUCCUGGGGACCAGGGUGCUCGGUACCGCAUGGGAAUGGUUCAGGAGAAGCUGGGGCUUCGCAAGCAGCAACUGAGACAAUAUGACAAGGCCGAAAAACACUUCACUUCAGCCAUUGAGUACAACCCAGAGAGGGCAAACUUAUACCUCCUCCGAGCAAGGAGCCGUCUGAUGCUGCAGGAUAUCUUUGGGGCUCGCCAGGAUGUUGUCACCAUGCUGCUCCUCAACCCCAAACAUCCUCAGCUGGUUCCUAUGAUGGCAAACCUCUUCCCUGGGCAGUCUACAGAGUCCGUGCUGAACAGCAAGACGAUGGUGAUGGCCAAAACUGUCCUGGAACGGGCGAUGCAGAACCAGUUCCAGAGGGCCCAGGAUGUCCUGGGACUCCUGAUCCAGAGUCCUUCCAAGGAGGAAGCUACGGGGCCGUGUCCUAACACUGAAGAAGCAGAGCUCCAGGAGGAUGUUUCUAGGACUUCCAUAGCAAAGACUCAGGAUGAAAAUUUGAUGGAGGACAGCCUAAAGCAAGCAGUGAGUCAACAAGUGAGUCAAGUGAGCCAAGAAGUGCGCCAAGAAGUGCAUCAAGAAGGGAGCCAAGAAGGGAGCCAAGAAGUGAGCCAAGAAGUGCGCCAAGAAGUACGUCAAGAAGGGAGCCAAGAAGUGAGCCAAGAAGUGAGCCAAGAAGUGCGUCAAGAAGGGAGCCAAGAAGUGAGUCAAAAAGUGAACCAAAAAGUGAGUCAAGAAGUGAGCCAAAAAAUGAGUCAAGAAGUGAGUCAAGAGGAGGAAUCUGGAAGCUCCCCAAUGGACCAAGCUUCUCUAGGGCAGACAUCUUCCUUGGAGGCCAAGAUUGAUGACCCAGACCAAAGUGAAAGCAAAACCACAGUGGGUUUUUCCUGAACUAGUAGGUGACAGCCCUGGCUUUUCUCUUCCCCAACCCUAACGGGAGGCUCCAUCCAUAUCCACCUUUGCAGUUUGGAAGGAAAGGGUCUAUCUAUGAGAUAGACCUCUUGACACUGAAUGAAAUCCAUCCCUCUGCUCCUUUUGCCCUGAGCCGGCCUCCACCUGCCCUGGGUUUCCAGCCCAUCUCCAUACCCCAUCAGUCCUUGGCCCUUAACCUCCUUUCUCAAUAGAGCCAAGGUUUCUUUAGAACAAAAAUGCCUACACAUGGCUUUCUUUGGUCCCUUAAAUAAAUUUAUUUUGUAUCUUCCCCUCUUAAUUUUUUGUAAUUUUGUAAUUUUUUAAAUUUUCAUUUUGUAAUUUUGUAAUUAAAAUCAUUUAAAGCAGGCCCUGUUAAAGAGCAGUUUGCUGGACUGAGGCAGCCCUAGAAUCUUUGUGCUUGCUGGGAUGAGAAGCUAGGAAGACUGGAAGGGGAAAAGGUGGAAAGGGGUUUGAGUGUAGGUGGGGGAAGUUGAUCUCUUCAGGAGACUGGAGAGGAAAA